UGAGUCGUGCUGGAUGACCACUUUAGUUUAGUGACAGAAGUCACUCAGAUAAACACCUGAUCGAGAUUUGUGUUGGAUACUCUGCUGUAGUAUAGUUACAAAAGACACACUGGAUAAAUGGAUAAACAACUGAUCAGAACAUCUCUGCUUAUUAACGUGAUCUAUACAUGUAUCUCUGCUGCAGUAUUGUGAGCGUGGCGACAGUCACUCUAGAUAAGUACGUUAACAAGGAACAGACAUCAAGGUGUCGGAUCAUCUGUGCUGUGUGAUUUCCCUGUGUAUAUUUAAGGAAGGAGUGAGAACUGCGGUGGUAUGAACAUGGUUGGACCCUUGACUGCUAACUCAAUCAUGUAAACCAAUCAAAGUAACUGAAUUACUCGUGGGAUCAUCAGCAGUGCCGUCGUAUUACCCUGGCAUUGGGGGACUUCCUAAGUGUCAUUUGGAAGAUAUUGGUGCAAAGAAUUGGAAAUUAUCUGAAGCCGAAGUCUCGCAAAAGUUUGGUCACACAGACACUUCACUCCUGAAGGUCAGGGACUGUGGGAGUCGACCAGUAGUGACAGUUCGUCCAACUCAAGUUGCCUGGACCCUAAAUAUGAAGACUAGGAGGUAGUGAAUAUUUGCAAGUCCAGGAUUCCAGAUCUGCUGUUUAUUCUUGGAUUAAUUUUUUUCUAAGAGUGUGAUACAAGAUGGCGAGUUUUUUUCGCCGCCGAAGGAGUUUGAUUGCCAAGGUUGUGUUGACGAUCCCCGCCCUGUGGUUCCUCGGGGUAGUUCUUAUGAAUUAUAAUGAUGUAGAUUCUAAUGGAAGUCAGGGAAAUGUUCACAAACGCCAAGCUGCUGUAGAUCACCGGGCCAUACCGGCUCACGAGUUCGGGGGCGAUAAUGGCCACAAUGACAGACUCCACGCUGUUGAUAGAGGAGUCCUAGCACAGAAAAUUCACGAGGAAUUGGGGGGGAAUAAUCAGGGGAAUAAUCAGGGUAACAGUUUUAUGAAGGAGGAGAACGAGGAGAACAUACGAACACCUAAGCCCAAUAAAGUGAAAAGGGUGGAAGAAAAACCAUUAAAAUACAUACCUAAGGAACAGAAUCGUCAGGAAGUCGACCCGAAUGCUCCAGGGGAGAAUGGAAAAGCAGUAGUGAUUGACAAGGAAAAACUUUCGCCAACAGAACGGAAAAAAUAUGAUGAUGGUUGGCAAAACAACGCCUUCAAUAUGUAUGCUAGUGACAUGAUAUCACUUCAUCGAAGUCUGCCAGAUGUACGGGACUCUGAAUGUAAAUCCCUUCAGUACCAGGAGAAGCUGCCAGAUACCAGUGUUGUGGUGUGUUUCCAUAACGAGGCUUGGACAGUCCUGCUCAGAACCGUUCACAGUAUUAUUGACCGAUCUCCGCCUCAUUUACUCCGAGAAGUUGUCCUCGUAGAUGACUUCUCAGAUAUGGAUCAUCUGAAAGAGCCUUUAGAAACAUACAUGGCAAAAUUAGGCAAAGUGAAAGUAGUACGGACUAAAAAGCGAGAAGGAUUAAUUCGAGCACGGUUGCUAGGAUAUUCUGCAUCAUCUGGAGACGUUCUGACGUACCUGGACUCACACUGUGAAUGCACUGAAGGAUGGUUGGAGCCCUUGUUAGACAGAAUUGCAACAAACAAUUCUAUAGUCGUCUGUCCCGUCAUCGAUGUCAUUGAAGAUGACUCAUUCAAAUAUCAAUACGGCAGUGCCAAAAGUACCAGCAUCGGGGGCUUUGAUUGGAACCUUCAGUUUAACUGGCAUGCCAUCCCAGAAUACGAGCGCCAGCGACGACAAAACAAGGAUUACUUGCCAGUCAGAUCCCCCACAAUGGCCGGAGGACUAUUCUCCAUCAGUCGUGAAUACUUUACCAAAAUCGGUACCUACGACCCAGGAAUGGAUAUUUGGGGUGGAGAGAACCUGGAAAUGUCCUUCAGAGUGUGGAUGUGUGGAGGGACCUUGGAGAUCAUCCCCUGUUCACAUGUUGGUCACAUCUUCAGGAAACGCAGUCCAUACAAGUGGAGGUCAGGGGUCAAUGUGGUGAAGAAAAACUCAAUCCGAUUGGCCGAGGUCUGGAUGGACGACUACAAAAACUAUUAUUAUGAACGAUUUAACAAUGAUCUAGGCGAAUAUGGAGACGUUUCAGAGAGGAAGGCUCUGAGAAAGAAAUUAAACUGCAAACCAUUUGACUGGUUCGUGAAAAAUAUUUACCCUGACCUUUUUGUACCUGGGGAAGCUGUGGCAUCAGGGGAGAUACGUAACAAGGCCAAGCCAAUGUGUGUGGAUAGCUCAGUGGAUUCUCACAACUUCCACAAACCUGUCAACAUGUGGCCCUGUCACAACCAGGGGGGUAACCAGUACUGGAUGCUGAGUAAGGGUGGAGAGAUACGCCGUGACGACGGUUGUCUGGACUUCUCCGGUGGUGAAAGCGUGAUUAUCUACCCCUGUCACAGCCAGAAGGGUAACCAGGAGUGGGUGUAUAGGGAGGACAAUACAAUUCUCCACGCUAACACGCAGAAGUGUAUGGAGGUGUCGGUGGAUGGACAGAAGCUACUGAUGCGGACGUGUACAGGGAUCGACCGACAACUCUGGCAGUGGAAGAAGAAGCCUCCUAAUGGCAUUAUACGGGACGAAGCCUAGGCAAAUCAUUGUUAUGUUACCAUUUGAUACAGUUUACAGAAUUGUUAUUUUUCUAUGCAAGAGAUGUUAUUUUUAUAGAGAUCCUGAGGAAAGUAUUUUAUAAUAUCAUACCUGUGAUCACAACUAUGACACAACGUUCCAAGGACCAAUCAUUCCGCGCAGCCCAACACCCAGAUGGGUGGAUUGCUGCCAUUUUGUAUGUGGAUGGCCACCAUAUUGAAUGUGGAUGGCUUUUGAGAAUGGAUAACCUCCAUUUUUAAUGUGGAUGUGAUGUCCGCUGUAACAACCUGUAUGUGAUGUCCUGUUGUAAUGGACCAGGGAAGCUUCCCUUUAUCAGGUCAUUUCUGUUAGAAUGUUUCAGACUUUUUUUAUGGAUUCUAGAUUCAAGGUGAACCCCUCUGACCAAUGUAAUGGUUAUAUACUGAAUAUCUUUUACAUGUAUCCUUUCAUUUUUCUGGUUAUUCCUAUAGAAACGAAUUUGUGAUAUAUCUGUGUUCAAAAAUGAAUUACUUACACAUUAGACAAAAUGGUUUGACUGCAGAAAAGUAGGUUCUCCAUUUGGUAUAUUAGAUGGCUUAGAAACAUUCAAGUUGUGGGUCACCACAGUGACAGAGCCACUAAUAGAAACUAGAACACCAAAUAUGGAAGUGUUUAAAAUGUGGCAAAAACUGCCAAUCAGACAUUCAGAAUAGCUGUUAUAAUUUUAUCUAAAGAAUAACUGUUGCAAUUUGAACUACAGAUUAAUUAACUGUCAAAAUUUGACCUUUAAAAUAACUACCGUAAAAACCCAUGUAAUUUGCACACCUGUGUAAUUUGCGCAGGCACUUUUUGAGGCUGAAAAUCACCAAAAAAGCUUCUACUCUAAUAUUUUGCGCACCAAAAAAUUUUGGGAAAAAAAAAUCAAGUUCCGAAAAUCGAUCUCUGAAAAUGAAAGACAAACCGCUUGGUAUUACAAUUUGAACUUCUGUCUGUGUUCUAUACCAUUUCAGUGUUACCAGUUGAUAAAAUGUCACUAAAAGCCUUGAUUACUACCCAGUAGGUGGCCCAGUAAUCUGGUGGAAAAGGUUUCUUUCGGCUGCAUUCCAUUAUACAUGUUACGCCCUCAGAACUUACAUUAAAAAGAAAAUCUCCUUUGACCCUUGAUAACAGUACAUUUAAAAUGUGUAUUGUUGAGAGUUACAUACAUUGAAGUGAAUGACCUGUGAACUCCAUUUUCUACAGUGAUAUGACCUUUGCCCUGCUAAAAUUUAACCUUUGACCUUAGUUUUAUUUGGACAGUAUCUGGGUCAGUUGGUUUCAAUAGAUAAAGCAAGAUGAAAUUAAGCCUCAUUGUAGAGAUAAAAGUGGUUGUAAUUCUUGCUUUUUAUCACAAAAUUGAAUUGUUCAGAUAUGUUGAAAUGGCUUAAUGAUUAGUAAGGAAAUCUUUUAAUAUCUGUUCACCCUUGCUCAAUUAUCUAUAUGUGAUUUUUAAGUGUUUUAAAGUCACAUGUUAUGUUUUAUAUAAACAAAAGAUUUAGAAAUCCAUUUUAUUCACAAAUGAAUUAUUUUGUUUUAUGAGUUGUGGUCUGUGACCAUUGAAUGAUUUACUGCAUUUGAGAGUUACCCCCCUUUAAUGAAAUAAUGAUAUUAAUUGAUAAUUGUGUUGUUCAAAUUUAAUGAGAUGAUGUGAUUUGUUAAAUGUUAAUUGUUUGUACAUAAAAUCAACAAAGUGUAUAGAAUACCUAUUUUGAUACAUUGCUGUGUACAUAUGGCUGCCAAAACCGAUGUAGUGUGUCGCGGGGAAAAUGUGAGUGUGUCACCCCUAUGUAUCAAUGUUAAUUCACAUUUCCAGUUGAUCUGGAACAUUCUAUUUUUAUUGUAAGGGACUGAAAUAUAAUGCUUAUAUCAUAGUUGGACUGUAUAUCUUGUGGGAACAGUUUUAUAUGCUUGUAAUAAACCCUUUUUACAUUGACCUUUUUUAUUGGUCAUCCAACAUGUUGUGUGUAUGGAUUACUUGUAAUCCUCUACAGUGGAACCUUGCUAGUCCACACACUUUGGUUUCUAUGAAAAUCUCUUUAAAGUCCAGAAUAAACAAGUUUUUCAGAUUACUGUUAAUGUAAGCGAGCUCCAAUUCCUAUAGUACAUCCGUAUUCAAACCAGAUUACAGAUUACUAUUUCAAACUAGUUUUAUCAACUUAUAUUAAUCACCCUUGUAGGCUCGGCUAGUAGUGGGCAGGGUUCUUUAGGUGGGAGGAAACCAAAGAACAUUGUACCUGUAUAUAACUGAUCAGACAUGUGACCAAAGACUGUCACUUUUUACCAAAGAAACUAUCAAGCAUAAAUAUUUCUUAAUCUUAAGAAUAUUCAUUCAGAACAAAGGUCAUAGGUUGAAUAAACGUUGCAAUAAAACAACAAAGAUCUGGUAAGAUGUCUAGUACUAUGUUACAGAAUUUUGAACGAUAUUUCAAAUGUUUAUGAUAACUACAAUGUGUAUCUAAACUGACUUUCUGUCCCAUGUCAGCAGCUGUAUCUCACAGAUAGAUGUGGCCUGGACGUAGAAACCAAAGUAGCUGUGGUUCUCCGAGGUUUGACCGCCGAGGGAAUCUGCUGAAUAUUUGUCUGUGAGAUUGGUUAUCACAUAUCAUUUGGAGGGACGAGACAUCUUGAUGUAAAACUGGGGUUUUAUGUUAGACAUGGUAGUAGGGUUGGAGUUUUAUUUACCAUUAGUAUUAGAUGCCAAUUGUAUUAGUGUCAUUUCAAACAAGUAUGUAUUCAUUCUAUCAUCGCUGAAAUCUGAAAUCUUAUCGUCUCAGAAAUCUGAUCAUCGCUGAAAUCUUAUCGUCGCAGAAAUCACACAAGAUAUUUUCCUGAAUGAUAAACUUACCAAUAGGCACAAGACAUUGAUGGCUACAAUUGUAAAUAAAAAUCAUUCCAAACCAUGUACUGGCUGGCAUCACUUCUACGUUCCAAACCAUGUACUGGCUGGUAUCACUUCUACGUUCCAGAACAUGUACUGGCUGAUAUCACUUCUACGUUCCAGAACAUGUACUGGCUGGUAUCACUUCUACCUUCCAAACCAUGUACUGGCUGGUAUCACUUUUACGUUCCAAACCAUGUACUGGCUGGGAUCACUUCUAUGUUCCAAACCAUGUACUGGCUGGUAUCACUUUUACGUUCCAAACCAUGUACUGGCUGGGAUCACUUCUAUGUUCCAAACCAUGUACUGGCUGGUAUCACUUCUACGUUGCAAACCAUGUACUGGCUGGGAUCACUUCUACGUUCCAGAACAUGUACUGGCUGGGAUCACUUCUACGUUCCAGAACAUGUACUGGCUGAUAUCACUUCUACGUUGCAGAACAUGUACUGGCUGGCAUCACUUCUACGUUCCAAAACAUGUACUGGCUGGUAUCACUUCUACGUUCCAGAACAUGAACUGGCUGGCAUCACUUCUACGUUCCAGAACAUGUACUGGCUGGUAUCACUUCUACCUUCCAAACCAUGUACUGGCUGGGAUCACUUCUAUGUUCCAAACCAUGUACUGGCUGGGAUCACUUCUACGUUCCAGAACAUGUACAUGUACUGGCUGGUAUCACUUCUACGUUCCAGAACAUGAACUGGCUGGCAUCACUUCUACGUUCCAGAACAUGUACAUGUACUGGCUGGUAUCACUUCUACGUUCCAGAACAUGAACUGGCUGGCAUCACUUCUACGUUCCAGAACAUGUACUGGCUGGUAUCACUUCUACGUUCCAGAACUUGUACAUGUACUGGCUGGUAUCACUUCUACGUUCCAGAACAUGUACUGGCUGGCAUCACUUCUACGUUCCAGAACAUGUACAUGUACUGUUUUCAUUUUAAGGAGGAAACAUGAACCAUGAUAAAUUAUUGAUGGACAUUUUAGUAUUUCAUUAGAAAUGGAACAUAGAUUAUUUCUUUAAGAACUGGAAUUAAAGUUAAUAAAUUAGAAGCUGGAUAUAUGGUUAGUUUAGUCAAUUAGUUAGGUUAUGAUAAUGUUGUAAAUUUUACUGCCAGAGACAGAACCAAACAGAUUAAUAAAUCUUUCAGUUGUUAAAUGAAAUAUUUCACCUGUAUCUUUUUUCUGUCAUUUCAGCAUGGAACAAUUCAAAAACUUUUGAUGUUUUAGAAUUUAACCUUGUGGAGAAGAAAAUGUUGUUGUCCUCAAUGGUGACAGAUAUUGCAGAUUGUGAUAAUUUGUCCGUGUCGUUUUAUCUGAGACGUGAACAAAACAUGUUAUAUGUAUGAGACACAGUAUUAUCUUUAAUUUAGCCAAUGGUCAAAAUCAGUAACUGCCAAAUUCUUCUAUGUUUACUGUCUGCUCCUCAAAAAACACCAAAUACCUUAUUAGAUUAAAGAAACACUGUGUAUAUUUAGUUAGGUCUCAAUUACUUUAACUUGUAACCCAUAUUUACAAGAAACCUAAUCGACUCCUUGUUACACUGAUCUAUGUAUUACUCUAUCCAAAAGUAUUUCCGCUGAGUGUCAAUUGUGACAUGACUAGGAGUAUAUUGCUAUAAAUAGUAGCUACUGAUCACUGUUUUGAUAAAUUUGCCCUCAUUUCAGAGGGCAAAAUUGCAAAACGUAAUCCAGUGAAAAAUUCCCUGUAUACAUUGUUGGCACUAAUUGGUUAGAUGUGCAACAGAAUGCUGAAAUACGAGAAUGUUUACAAUUUAAAAACAGAUACAGCUUCCAUUAACUGUAUUACAUCUCUGUCACAAACAGUAAGAUUGUCCACGGCCAGGAACUGUAUUACAUCUCUGUCACAAACAGUAAGAUUGUCCACGGCCAGGAACUGUAUUACAUCUCUGACACAAACAGUAAGAUUGUCCACGGCCAGGAACUGUAUUACAUCUGUGACACAAACAGUAAGAUUGUCCACGGCCAGGAACUGUAUGACAUCUCUGUCACAAAAAGUAAGAUUGUCCACGGCCAGGAACUGUAUUACAUCUCUGUCACACACAGUAAGAAUGUCCACGGCCAGGAACUGUAUUACAUCUCUGUCACACACAGUAAGAAUGUCCACGGCCAGGAACUGUAUUACAUCUCUGUCACACACAGUAAGAAUGUCCACGGCCAGGAACUGUAUGACAUCGCUGUCACAAACAGUAAGAUUGUCCACGGCCAGUAACUGUAUUACAUCUCUGACACAAACAGUAAGAUUGUCCACGGCCAGGAACUGCAUUAAAUCUCUGUCACAAACAGUAAGAAUGUCCACGGCCAGGAACUGUAUUACAUCUCUGUCACACACAGUAAGAAUGUCCACGGCCAGGAACUGUAUGACAUCGCUGUCACAAACAGUAAGAUUGUCCACGGCCAGGAACUGUAUGAAAUCUCUGUCACAAACAGUAAGAUUGUCCACGUCCAGGAACUGUAUUACAUCUCUGUCACAAACAGGAAGAUUGUCCACGGCCAGGAACUGUAUGAAAUCUCUGUCACAAACAGUAAGAUUGUCCACGUCCAGGAACUGUAUUACAUCUCUGUCACAAACAGUAAGAUUGUCCACGGCCAGGACUUACAGUAAUACAUUAGGUAUCUCCCAGUACAGCCUAACAUUCCAGUGAGCUUUAUCCAUCAUUCCCAACAAGUCAUUCCAUAGCGUGAUAGUUUUUACAAAGGUCUGCUACUUAUAUUGUUGGAUAUUUAUGUUAUUUAAUAUAUAGAAAUUAUGUAUAUUAGCUAAAAUAUUAUUUUUUCAGUAGAAAUUGCGUCAAAAUAUGAAAUAACAUGAGACAUAAAUGUUGUAAAGUUCCCGCUUAGAUAGCUUGUAGGAAUGGUAUCUGGUUAACAGUUGUAGUGUUGUAUUUAGUAUAUAACAAUAGAGGAGCGCUGCGUCAGAGUAUCACUAACGACAAUAAUCUGUCAACUCACAACUUGACAGCCAUUGGAUUAGUAGUGUAUCCUUGACAACCUUUACUUGGAGGUCACUGUCAAAUUAGAUAAGCCAUCAAUCAGUAGUUUUUUUGUUUAGUUUUUGUCGUUGAUAACAUUGGGAACAUUCCACUUUAAGUGUCUAGUAUAGCCACGCGUUGUUUUGUCGGGUCCCCUGGGGAUCAAUAUGUAGUUUGUACCAUGUUACUUAGCAUUGAGUGAUGAGAGACAGUGUGUGUUAUCAUAAAUGUUCUACAAUAUUGUCAUUAUUUCAUGUCUGUUGUCUUGAAAGACUCUGAUUUGAUGAAAAAAUAAUCACCUGUGAAGUCGUUGUUGCUAUGCUUUGCUGUUUAUAAGUACAACAGAAGCUUUGCUCAUUCACCCCUGAAAUUUCAAGAUGGACUAUUACAACCUUUGAAUUGGAAGGGUUCAAAUGUGUAAUCAGGGGUGAAUGAGUUUAUAUGUGCAAAUUAUUGAAACAUUUACAUAGAUAUAUCUAACCUUUCUUAGAGAGGUCAGCACAAACUGUUAAUCAAAGUAAGCUUACUGAAGUAAUUGAUUAGUUUUGUAUCUCUGUUAUCAGGCAUUGGUUUAAUGGUGGAUGCAUACGGUACAGUGUUUUCAUGUAAUACACAACACACUAAACUUCAUUAGUUUUGGGACCAAAUUAAGUCUGAAGUAAUUACAGAUUUUGUGAAAUUAAUGUUUGGCUGCAAUAUAGUUAUCAAAGUUACUUGUUUCUUCCAUUGGACAGCAAGACACUAUACAGUAAAUCAAGUGUCCAUGGUACAGUUCUGUCUACAUUCACACAAUCACACAGCAUGGGUUUCAGACAAACAAACCAGAGUUUGGAUGAUUUUCUUUUUCAAAAGAUCAGAUUCUGAGUUGUAUAAUUAUGUAUUGUAGACUAAACGGUGUAAGAGGUCCUGUAUUGUAUUAAUUGUAGCUUGCCUGAAUCCAUCAUCAUAGUGAGUUCUUUCAAUGACCUUGGAAAUAGGUCCCUUUUUCUACGGUGUAUGUCUUUCUUAGAACAACCUCCAUCAGGUGAAGUCUAGGUAUAUAUUCCAUCAUUUACCUGUCAGGUGUGUGGACUGGACCUCACAGGUGUGGACUACACCAGACAAGUGUGGACUAGACCUCACAGGUGUGGACUAGGCCAUACAGGUGUUGAAUAGACCUCACAUGUGUUGACUUUACCUCACAGGUGUUGACUAGACCUCACAUAUGUUGACUUUACCUCACAGGUGUUGACUAGACCUUACAGGUGUGGACAAGGCCAGACAUGUGUGGACUAGACCUCACAAGUGUGGACUAGCCCUCACAAGUGUGGACUAGACCUCACAAGUGUGGACUAGACCUCAUAUGUGUUGACUAGGCCAGACAGGUGUGAACUAGAUUAUGGAUUAGACCUUUAUUUUUGUUGCUGUGGAUACUUGUGGAAGAGCUGUUCAUGGGUUAGUGCCUUCAUCAGAAAAUAAAACAAUUUAUGAAAGAAA